CGCUUGUUUCUUCCGUCCUCAUACAAGCCGCAGUGACGUUUGUGAGUAGUUCCCACCCCAACAAACAAAGCUGAAUUCGAAUCAUACCCCGUCCCCCCCACCCCAACCCAACCCGCUUCCCGAACGCGUCGCUCAGUUCUUCUUUUAGAGCACUCAUCCACCAUUUCAAUCAGAGCCCCGGUUUGAUCAAUUGGAAACUAUGUUCAUGUUGUCUUUCUGGAACCUUAUGGAGCUCUGGCGUUUUCUGCCAUUGCGCAACAGGGGAGGGCACGUUCGCCAAUAGCAGCCGGCUUAGCUUAGCUUUAGCUCACUUGAGCUGGACAGAGAUGACAAGCGCCUUCACUGCCCCUUUGUCGCCCGUCCAAAACAUUUCGUAGCUGCCGAUGUUCACUUGACGUUUUCGGCUUUCUCUUGCUGUUGUUGUUGUUGUUGAUGGAGACGUGUUGAGUCCUGCUCGCUGCCAAGCCAGCUCUUCCUUCCUUCCUUCCUUUCUUCCUUCCUUCCGCUUUUGUCCGCCCCACCCCACACACACAAAAAAGUUUUCAGGAAUAUGAGCGGCAUGCGCGUGGAUGCCAAGGUGGUGAUGUUGGGCAAGGAGAGCGUGGGCAAGACCAGCCUGGUGGAGAGAUACGUCCAUCACCGCUUCCUGGUCGGACCCUAUCAGAACACUAUCGGUGCUGCUUUUGUGGCCAAACCAAUCCAGGUGGGAGAGAAAGUGAUCACCUUGGGAAUAUGGGUGAGUCAGGUCCCUUUUUCUGGGGCAGGGAGCCAUGAAACAUUGAAGUCAGUCAAAACAAAAUGCAUAUUAUUGUCCUUAAUUUGCGUGUUUUGGUCAUUUUUAGAUCUGACCGACAGCAGCAGCUUCCAGCGAGCUCGUUUUUGGGUGAAAGAACUGCAAAACUGCGAAGAGCACUGUAAGAUCUACCUGUGCGGCACCAAAAGCGACCUGAUCCAAGGAGACCGAAGUCUUCGUCAGAUCGACUAUCACGACACUCAGGACUUUGCUGAAGAGAUCGGAGCGCAGCAUUUUGAGACCUCCAGUAAAACGGGAAGCAACGUGGAUGAGCUGUUCCAGAAGGUGGCCGAAGACUACAACAACGCCACUUUCCAGUAUAUGACAGAAGAAACGGGAGUGAACUUGGGCCAGAAGAAAGAAUCCUACUUCUACUCGUGCUGCAACAGCAACUGAUGCUGCACCGCCGAAUGGAAGAAUGUGCCGCAUCAGAACACGGACGCCGGUGGAAGAGAAGCGAGAAAAGAAAACAAGAGCAAAUGGACAUUUCUUUUGUGCCAUGAACAAAUCAUUUGGAGGAGUUUGUGCCAAGUGAAGGCUUCAAUUUAAGAACAAAUAUUUCAUCCAGAAGGGGAUCUCCACACCUGUGCUGGGUGAAGACAACCGAGCUGCUGUAACUCUAUUCUUCUGAGGGUUUUUUUUUUUGGGGGGGGUCGAUGUUUUAAGACAUGUUUUGGACUCGUUUCCACCAAAAUAGCCAAAAGGAUCAAAAAUUAGAGCACACUAAAUAAACGACGUCAACUUGUUUUGUUGGCGCGGCGUCACCUCACGCUAGUCGGCCACCCCAUAAACUGUGCCAGUGGCGAGUAUGGAUUUUGUUACCAUGGUGACUCCAGAACACCCCCUCAAAAGUGUCAAAUGUGUUUCACGAGCAAGCCCCCCCCC